ACGCCAAACGGGAAGAAAAGAAAAGAGUGCUUCAAAGCCUAAUUUACGUGUGCUGCUUCUUUCCGACUCUCUUUGCGAUCUCGCGGACACGCUUAGAUCACCGGAGAUCGGCGAUAAGAGGUCAACUUCUUCGAUUCGGAGAAUCAAGCGACCGCUGGUACGAUCUGACGCAGUCCGGCGAGAACGGAUCUUUUGUGUUAAUUAAGGCCCAUUGCCGUCCGAUCUAGAGGUUCCGUGAGGAUCCGCAUGAGCUGCUCCGUUGACCUGGGUUUCUCAUCGUAUUCGAAUCACUUCAAUACCUGUCUCCUGAUCUUUAUCCUCGAGUAUUCCCCUCAGUUGUCCCCUUUGAUUACUAAUUCGAGGUUUCGUUGGAGCGGGAACCACAAAGCGGAGAUAUAUGGAGAGCCGUAAUGAUAUUAAGAAAGUCUCUUGCUAUCCAACUAUCAAAGGAAGGCAUUCUCCAUCUGUCAUUGUUAUAGGUGGUGGCUUUGCCGGCAUUUCAGCUGCCCGUGCACUCCAAAAUUCAUCUUUCAAGGUUGUUUUGUUGGAAUCACGCCAUAGGAUUGGUGGUCGAGCUUACACUGAUUACUCGUUUGGUUUCCCAGUUGACAUGGGAGCUGCAUGGUUGCACGGUGCUUGUGUCAAAAAUCCCUUGGCACCUGUAAUUGGAAGAUUGGGACUUCCACUCUAUCGAACCAGUGGAGAUGACUCAGUUUUGUUUGAUCAUGAUUUGGAAAGCUAUGCACUUUAUGAUACGGAUGGGAAUCAAGUUCCUCAAGAACUAGUAGAGCAUGUAGGUGGAAUAUUUGAGAGCAUGCUCAAAGAGGUAAUGUAUUGUCCUGUAUUUACUGUUUUACUGGCUGAAAUUCAAAUGAAUGCUCUGAUUCAUUUAAAUCUACAGACUGAGAAAUUGAGGCAGGAAAUCAGCAAUGACAUGUCCAUGACCAAAGCAAUUGCCAUGGUUUUUGAAAGACGGCCAGAUCUCAGGCUAGAAGGGCUUGCAGAUAAGGUCCUGAAAUGGUACUUGUGCAGGCUAGAAGGAUGGUUUGCUGCUGAUGCAGAUACCAUCUCCUUGAAAUAUUGGGAUGAGGAAGUUUUAUUGCCUGGUGGUCAUGCUCUUAUGGUGCGGGGUUAUCGUCCUGUCAUCAAUACCCUUGCUAGAGAUCUGGAUAUCCGGCUUGGUCAUCGAGUAUCCAAAAUAGUAAGGGAUAAAAUGGGAGUAGAAGUCAUAGUCGAUAAUGGUAAAUCAUUUGUGGCCGACGCUGUUGUCAUUACUGUUCCCUUAGGAGUGUUGAAGUCCAAUUCUAUUAAGUUUGAGCCGAGGCUUCCAAAUUGGAAGGAGGAAGCCAUUAAAGACAUUGGAGUUGGCACAGAAAACAAAAUUGCAUUGCACUUUGAUAGAGUUUUCUGGCCUAGUGUGGAGUUCCUUGGAGUUGUCUCAUCCUCUACUUACAGCUGCAGCUAUUUCCUUAAUCUUCACAAGGCGACCGGUCACCCUGUCCUUGUUUAUAUGCCUGCAGGACAGCUAGCACAUGACCUUGAGAAGUUGACUGAUGAAGCUGCAGCCAGCUUUGCCUUCCAACAACUUAAACAGAUCCUACCUGAUGCGUCAAAGCCAAUCCAAUAUCUGGUAUCACACUGGGGUACAGAUGUGAAUUCUCUGGGCUCUUAUAGCUAUGAUACCGUUGGAAAGCCUCAUUAUCUUUUUGAGAGGCUAAGGAUUCCUGUCGAUAAUCUAUUCUUUGCUGGGGAGGCAACAAGCUUAGAUUAUACUGGAACUGUGCAUGGAGCCUUCUCCACCGGACUUAUGGCUGCAGAAGAAUGCCGGAUGCGUGUGCUUGAGAAAUAUGGAAACCUGGACAUCUUUCAUCCAGCCAUGGGACAUGGAGAAGAAGAGCAGCUCUCCGCUCCCCUUCUCAUCUCCCGAAUUUGAAUGCUCUUUUCUUCGCUGUGAAGAAGUCCGACUAUUCUUUUGCUUCAUUGUUUCUCUAGAGCAUUAUGCAUUUGUUGUGAACUAUCAACACUAUUUGCGAAUUUUCUUAAAACGACAAAGUAGUAAUAAAUUGAACUGUCUUAUCAUUUAUCCA